AUGGACGAUCUUCAUUAUUCAAUAGCGCAACCAAAGCACCGAGUUGAAAUUCGUGAAUUUCUUAUGAAUCACUUUUUAGUGGAGGAAACGAUAAAUGCGGCCACCAGUAUCACUGAAGACGAAUUUGCACCGUUCGCCGACACUGUUCUCGAUACAUCAUUGCGGAAACCACUUUCCGUUAUAUGCCGAGCUGGAAAUGGUGAGAUCGUUGGUGUCGCUUUGCACACAAUUCAUCGACGUGGUGAGCCUGUAAAUGCUGAACCGUUAGGGAACAAGGCCAAACGUCCCCAAAUCGACGCCAUAGCUUCGAUAUGCAAUGAAUGUCAUAAAGACGUGUGGCAAAUACUCGGACCGGAAAUAAAUACAGUGCUCGAGCUGGAUAUUAUUAGUGUAGCCGAGCCAGUAUCAACGCGAGGCAGUUGCGGAGAAAAUGUGGAGGAAUGUCAGAUUUCACCCGCAGGUGCCUCAAGGAGCAUAGCAUUCAAGGAGUCGUCACUCAAGCAACAUCACACGCGAAUCAAACACUACUGA